GAAAGGAGACAAGGGAGGGGAAGAGAGAGAAAGAGAGAGAGAGAGAGAGAGAGAGAGACUCUGGCUGACUGACGUUCCGCGCAUAUCGGUAAGGCCGAAUCCCAAUCCCAAGAACCCCAGUUUCCCGUAAGCCGUACUCGGACGUUCGUCUCUUUCUCUCAUCUCGCAACGUUCGCGCGCGUCUUCGUCCUCGUCGUCGUCGUCGCCGUCGCCGCCGCCGUCGUCGUCGUCGUCGUCGUCGCCGCAGCCGUCGCCGCCGCCUUUGCCAUCGUUGCCACCACCAUCACCGCCACCGUCGCCGCCGCCGUCGUCGUCGUCGUCGUUACCGUCACCGUCGCCGUCUUUACCGCUGUCGCCGUCAUUGCCGCCGUUGCCGCCGCGUUGUGUCGUGUCGUGUCGUGUCGCGUCCUCCUAUACCAAUUAUUUUCUCUCCUUCCUUUCUCCCUACUACAACCCUGCCCGCCCGUCCAUAUCCAUCCGUGUCACUCGCGCCACACACUGCAAAGGAGAGAUAUACUUUGAGAGGAAAAACAGAUUGUAAGAGAGAGAAAGAGAAAGAGAGAGGGAGUGAUAGUUAAAGAGAGAUAGAGAGGUAGAGGUAGUGAUAGACAGAAAGAGAGAGAAUAUAGAGUCGCGCGGUAUACGCGCUCGUGUCGUCAUAACACCGUGCGUUCCGUUCUGAAAAAUCUUUUUCUCGGCCUCGAGCCCGGUGGCUAAACGAUGGCGUUCAACGGGGACGGACCACACUCAAAGAGGCAACGACUCGAAGAAUCUGGACACAGGGAAAACAGGACGCGCUGAUAAAGUAUUUCCGAGUUAUGUGUCUCGGAAAAUCUGACGAUUUCUGUUGAUUAUCGCAAAUUUGAAAGUUUCACAAAAAUCCCGUGAUGGCCUUCUCUUCGUAUACCGGUUCGGAUCAAUACUUUCGUCAACCACUUGACAAAAGAAAAGCCCGUGGAGAAAGGAAUGCCUUCUCGAAUCACGAGUACGGUGGAUACGGAGACGAGCCACGGCGAAAGAGAGAAGAUAACAAUAAGCCGAAUCACGUUCUCCUAUUUACAAUCAUCAAUCCAGUAUAUCCCAUCACUGUGGAAGUUCUACACGCCAUCAGUGCGCCCAGCGGGCAAGUUCAACGCAUCGUUAUCUUCAAGAAGAACGGCGUUCAAGCCAUGGUGGAGUUCGACUCGGUAGAAUCAGCCACAAGAGCAAAAGAAACGCUUCAUGGGGCGGACAUAUAUUCUGGCUGUUGCACCUUAAAAAUUGACUUUGCUAAGCCGACGAAGCUGAACGUUUACAAGAACGACGCCGAGAGCUGGGACUACACAACGCCUACGUUGGGAUCGACCGCGCAUAAGAACGAUGCGACGGGUAACGGAAGACCGGCGCCCCUCUUGGCGGAACCCAGAUACGGUGCCGCGCCCCAACCAUACGGAUCCACACCACAGGUGACUUUCCCACCCGGUGCCGGCCACGAUCGUUACGAGGAAAGCUUCAAUGGACCAGCAACAUAUGCGGAACCAUACGUUGAACGUUAUGGCAUUAAAAGUGAUUUCAGUGGUCGAGAGCCAUUACAUCCUACGCCACCUCGACCUGGUUAUGUACCCACUUUAGGACAAACCCCACCGUCUAGUACCCAAGGAUCCGUAAUGAUGGUGUAUGGUUUACAACCGGACAAAGUCAACACCGAUAAACUUUUCAAUUUAUUCUGCCUCUAUGGAAACGUAACGAAGGUAAAAUUUUUGAAGACGAAAGAGGGAUGCGCCAUGAUACAAAUGGGCGACAGUAUAGCCGUAGAAAGGUGUUUACAAAAUUUGAACAACGUUACGAUUGGUACGGACGGUAGGCUGCAGCUAGGAUUUUCUAAACAGGCUUUUCUAUCGGACGUAACAAACCCUUACAUAUUGCCGGACAAAACGGCUAGCUUCAAAGAUUUUACAGGGAGCAAAAACAACAGGUUUUUAAACCCGGCUAUGGCCAAUAAGAACAGAAUACAGCCGCCAUCGAAGAUAGUCCACUUUUUCAACACGCCCCCAGAUUUGACGGAGGAAACUGUCAAUCGUGUAUUCGUUGAGCGCGGUAUUGAGGCACCAACGACAGUGAAAUUGUUUCCCCUAAAGUCAGAACGAUCCUCAUCAGGCCUAAUCGAAUUCAGUAGCGUCGGUAUCGCGGUAGCGGCUAUAAUGGAGUGUAAUCACACGGCAUUGGAAAACAGCAACGGGAAAUUUCCUUACAUCAUGAAACUGUGCUUCUCCUCCUCGCGUACUAUACCCACCAGCUUCCCACCAAGCAGCGGCAGCGUGUCGAGCAAUUCCGCCGGUAAUGGCCACGUCAAAAUGCAGCAGGACUCGGAAUAGAACGGCGAGGUCCAGGGCCAGCAGCGUCAGCGCCAGCGCCAGCGCCCCUCUCUCGCCCUGCACCCGUUGUGUGCCCCCGUUGCGACGAGCACGGCCCUGCACCCAGCCACAGCGAUAACCCUAUCCCCGGUAUUGCCACCGCCGCCGGUUCCUCCUCCUUUGCCACCUGCUUGUCUCCUAAUAGCAACGCCAACUUUAUAUCCAACUGUACCACCUCCCCCGCCACCUCCUCUGCCGACAUUCUGGCCUUACUGAGCAUCGCUAAGGAGGUCUCCUCAGGUAUUCUAAGGAGACUUGAUCAUCAUCACGUGACGUUCUAUCAUCCUUGGGGAUCAUCGUCAUAGUCCAUCGUAAAUCAACUCGUAUAAGACGUUACCCAAGGAUAAUGAUAGAAGCUCAAUAAGUUCGAUCAGAGGGAUGAUAUCCAAAGCGGUGGAUCGGACAGAAGGAGGAGGAGGAGGAGGAGGAGGAGGAGGAGGAGGAGGAGGAGAAGGAGGAGGGAGGAGGAGAGGAGGAGGAGAAGGAAGAAGUGGAGGAGGAGAAGGAGGACAGGACAGAGUGAAGAGAAGAUCGGCGCGUGUCCUACGGACGAAAAAGGGGAAGCUGGUUGCACGUCAUUAAACAGAAACAAGAAAAAAAAAA